UUUCCUGGUCGGAUGGGGCCGGCGGGGGGCGGCGGCGGGGUCGGUCCCUGUCCCUGUCCCUGUCCCUGACGGGCUCGGUGGCCGCCGGUGACGCCGCCAGGCAGUGAUGCGGGCCCCGGGCCCUGCCGGCAGCCGGCCCCCGCCGUGACCCGGUGGGGCUGCGCAGGCCGGCCCCGCGGGGCGCAUGGAGGCACCCGCCGCUCUCUGCGAGGUGUGAGUCCCCGGGGGACAGCGCGGCUCGGCCCCGCCAGGCGAGCGGCGCCGGGCCCCCCUCAGCGGCCGCGGCAGGAGCCGGGAGGGGCUCGGGACCUGACACCGGCAUCGCCCCCAUCGCCGGCAGCUGCCGCCUCCUGAGACAUGAAGAAGUUCUUCGACUCACGCCGGGAGCAGGGCGGCUCCGGGCCCGGGUCGGGCACCAGCGGCGGCGGCGGCGGCAGCAGCGGCCCCGGCAGCGGCUACAUCGGCCGGGUCUUCAGCAUCGGCCGGCACCAGGUCACUGUGGACGAGGUGCUGGCGGAAGGUGGCUUUGCAAUUGUGUUCCUGGUGAGGACGAGCAAUGGGGUGAAGUGUGCCCUGAAGAGGAUGUAUGUCAAUAACGAGUACGACCUGCAGGUCUGCAAGAGAGAGAUCCAGAUCAUGCGGGAUCUGUCUGGCCACAAGAACAUUGUGGGCUACAUCGACUCCAGCAUCAACUCUGUCAGCAGCGGGGACGUGUGGGAGGUGCUGAUCCUCAUGGACUUCUGCCGGGGGGGACAGGUGGUGAACCUGAUGAACCAGCGCCUGCAGACGGGAUUCACCGAGAGCGAGGUCCUGCAGAUCUUCUGCGACACCUGCGAGGCCGUGGCCAGGCUGCACCAGUGCAAGACUCCCAUCAUCCACAGGGAUCUGAAGGUUGAAAACAUCCUGCUGCAUGACCGUGGCCACUACGUCCUGUGUGACUUUGGAAGUGCUACUAACAAAUUCCAGAACCCUCAAACAGAAGGGGUGAAUGCAGUGGAGGAGGAGAUCAAGAAGUACACGACAUUAUCCUACAGAGCACCAGAGAUGGUGAACCUGUACAGUGGCAAACUCAUCACUACAAAAGCAGACAUUUGGGCCCUGGGCUGUUUGCUGUACAAGCUGUGCUACUUCUCCUUGCCCUUUGGGGAGAGCCAGGUGGCCAUUUGUGAUGGCAACUUCACCAUUCCAGACAACUCCCGGCACUCGCAGGACAUGCACUGCCUCAUCCGCUACAUGCUUGAGCCAGACCCUGAUAAGAGACCUGACAUUUAUCAGGUCUCCUACUUUGCAUUCAAACUGGCCAAGAAGGACUGCCCGGUGCAGAAUGUGCAGAACUCUCCAAUCCCUGCUAAACUCCCAGACCCAGUUAAAGCAAGUGAAGCUGCUGCAAAGAAGAGUCAACCAAAGGCCAGGCUCACAGACCCCAUCCCUACGACAGAAACGUCCAUAGCACCCCGCCAGAGACCUAAAGCAGGACAGACCCAGCCCAACCCUGGAAUUCUGCCCAUCCAGCCAGCCCUGACCCCCAGGAAGAGAGCCACAGCCCAGGCAGCCAUCCAGCCCCAGGUUGCAGGCCCGGCUGCCCUGGGCAGUGCCCAGCCCUCCCUCCCUGCCAGCACCCCCCAGCCAAAAGCAGCCCCCCAGCAGCCUCCAGCCCAGCCCCAGGCCAAGCUGGCAACGGUGCCCCCAGCACAGCCCCAGGUCCCCUCCACACAGCCUCAGGCCACCCCUCAGCAUCAGCAGCAGCUUUUCCUGAAGCAGCAGCUCCUGCAGCAGCAGCAGCAGCAGCAACAGCAGCAACAGCAGCAGCAGGCUGCCUACUUCCAGCAGCAGCAGCAGAUGAUGCAGCCACAGCAGUUCCCAGUGAUGCAGCAAGGAGCACCCGUGCAGCAGCAGCAGCUGAUGCAGAGCUAUUACCAGCAGCAGCAGCAGCAGCAGCAGCAGCAGCAGCAGCUGAUGGCCCAGCAGGCAGCCAUGCAGCAGAAGACCACAGCAGCAGCAGCAGCAGCAGCAGCAGCUCAGCAGAAGCAGCAGCAGCAGCCCCUGGCACCGGCACAGCCCCAGGCCCAGCCCAGCCCGGCGCCGCCGGCACAGCCACAGGAGCAGGGGGCUCAGGCUCAGGCUCAGCAGCAGCAGCAGCAGGCUCAGGGCACAGCACAGGGGCAGAAGCUGGGCUCGCUCACCCCGCCGUCCUCGCCCAAGGCGCAGCGCGCGGGGCAUCGCCGCAUCCUCAGCGACGUCACCCACAGCGCCGUGUUCGGCGUGCCCACCAGCAAAUCCACCCAGCUGCUGCAGGCUGCAGCUGCAGAGGCCAGCCUCAACAAGUCCAAAUCUGCUUCCACAACGCCCUCGGGCUCACCAAGGACCUCACAGCAGAAUGUCUACAACCCUCCUGACAUGUCCACGUGGAACCCCUUUGAUGAUGACAACUUCUCCAAGCUCACAGCUGAGGAGCUGCUGAACAAGGACUUUGCAAAGCUGGGGGAUGGGAAAGCUCCAGAAAAGGCAGGCAGUUCCACAGAGAACCUGAUCCCAGGUUUCCAGCCCGCUGCGUCUGCAGCCCCGGCGGAUGCGUUUGGUGGCUCCUCCUUCACUGCUGGCCCAGCUGAAAAAACAAAAGACAUUCUGAGUUUGGACUCUAGCCCUCCUCUUCUGACUGUGCCUGAUCCUUUCAUUCCUCUCCCGUUAUCCGACACACCAGAAAAACUGAUUGAGGGACUCAAAUCUCCUGAGCCUGCACUCCUGCUCCCCGAGCUCCUGCCUCUGGCUGACCCCUUCGGCAGCACGUCAGACGCUGUCAAUGGAAAAGCUGACGCAGCAGUGGAGAGCCUGAUCCCGGGGCUGGAGGCGCCGCUGCCCCAGCGCCUCGUGUCCCAGAGCGAGUCGGUGGCCUCCAACAGAACAGACUCUCUCACUGGGGAAGACUCUCUGCUUGACUGUUCUCUGCUCUCUAACCCUGCUGCUGACCUCCUGGAUGAGUUUGCUCCCGUAGCUUUUGCAGCUCAGCCUCACAAAGAAGAUACUAACCUGAUAUCAGGCUUUGAUGCUCCUGAGGGCUCUGAAAAAGUGACAGAAGAUGAGUUUGACCCAAUUCCAGUGUUGAUAUCCAAAAAUUCACAAGGUCUUCAGAGGGAUCCAGGCCCCUUCCCAGCCGUAGCUCUUGAGCUCUGUAAAGGAGAUCCUGGCAGUGAUGGACUCACCUUGUACCAGGCUCAGCCCGAGAUGCUGGAGGUGAAAGUGCAGCACAACUCAGAGCCAGCGUACUUGGCCAGGGAUGGUCCUUCAAGCAACAGCUCCUUCUACAGCAGCGAAGGGGAGGGCACAGACCAUGAGGGAGAUAUUCUGGAUUGCAGCGGCUCCAGGCCUUUACUGAUGGAUUCGGAAGAGGAGGAGGAGACGAGCAAGCUGUGCCCAGGGUUCCUGCAGCCGCUGCCCAGGCACGAGGCCUCCAAAGAAGAUGCCCAGUGCCAGGCCCGGGCAGGGGAGAUGCUGUUCCCAGUGUUCCACAGCGGGGAGGUUUUUAACGAGCCCGAUGUGUUCGCCACGGCUCCUUUCCGAAGCUCCAGGAAGGUGCCCGAUGAAGUGGAUGUCUUUACCAAAGCUCCUUUUAUCUGUAAGGGCAGCGUGGCUCUGCGCCAUCCAGAGGAAGCAGAUGUGUUUCUGAGAGCCCCUUUCACGAAGAAGAGAAGCGUGGAGGAGUUGACUUUCCACAAGGAGCCGUUCCCAGCACCCGUUUUCACGAGCCAGGGGGGCGAUGGCCGAGCUCAGCCCGUGUUCCCGUGCCUGGAUUCAGCAGCACACGGCUCCGUGGCCCCGCUGAGAGCUCCGUAUCCUCCUGCUGGCUUUGCUCAGCCGGGCACUGUCCAUCCCUGCUCUGCCAGAGCCCUGGAGCCCCAGGAGAGCGUCCCUGCAGCGCUGCCAGAGCAGGGCGACGCGGGCGGCGAGAGGAGCCACGGCCACGCGCUGGCCCUGGACGCCGCGCUGGGCUCCGUGACCAACAAACCCUUCCGUCCUCAGUCCCUGUCCAAGUAUUCCCGGCACUACAGUCCUGAGGAUGGGCCAGGCCUGGAGGCCAAGCCCAUAGCUGCUUACAAGGUGGUGUCUCACAGCAGCAGACAGGCCAUAGCGGGCUCUGUGUCUGUUGUCCCGCUGCCUUCCAGGACUACGGAGCUGCCUGGUGCAGAUCCCUUCGCCUCGGCGCCCUUCCCUUCCAAAGCAGCAAAGCAGAAGCCUUAACGUGCCAGGAGCUGGGGGCUGUGCUGCCUGCAGGACAGCCUUGUGCAGGACCUCAAACCUCUCAGCUCAACUGGAUGGCAUAGCAAUAUAUACAUAUACAUAUAUAUAUAUAUGUGUGUGUAUAUAUAUAUAUAAAAUAAUUAUUAUUUUUGGUCAGAACUCUAUUUGCAGUGAUAUAUAGUUGAACCAUUUAAGUUAUGUCUGUCCGAAUGCCUGGCUCUCAGGAUCCUUGUAUCCUUUCCAGUUGCUUCUCACCUUCCUCCUCUCACUGUCUUCCCUCCAUUUAGUUCUUUUUUUUAGUUGCUUUUCUCAAACCAGCAGUAUUCCAUUUUUACUGGUCCUGGGUGGAGGAAUGCACUACAAGAUGAAUGAAAAGGUUUAUUAAUUACAGAGCGAGUCAAGCAGGACUUGCUGAUGCUCUGUAAAGGCCAUGAUUUCAGAGGUUAAAGGGGUUAAGGGGUUGUUGUGGUUUUUGCUAUCAGUGAUAUUUGUGCUGCUCAGCAGCCCUGGCUCCAGCUGUGCUGCUGGGUUUGUGCCCUGGCUGUGGUGCCAGUGUGGGCAGUGCUGGGGAGAGCAGAGCCAGGGCAGCAGCACAGCUUUGCUGCCCAGGGCUGGGGCCAGAGGCAGAGAAGGGCUCGGUGCUGUGAUCCCAGUGAAGCAAUCAGGCUGUUACUGCUGCUGGAAAAUCAAAUGGUCACGCAAACAAUUCAGCAGAGCUUUCACUUUUACACAGUGAAAUUACAGUGUAUUUCCUGUCUGGUCUGUGCUGAGGUGUAGGACCUGGAAAUGUGCUGAUGGUGAAGGAGAGAUGUGUAUUCACAGUAUUAAUUAAUUAAUAUAAAUGAAUUACAGCGCUGCCCUCGGUGCCCUGCUGGUGCUCUUGCCUCCUCUCGCUGCAGAACCCCCAGUUCCUCUGUCCCAUUCCCAGCUGCUCACUGAGGUUCCUCCUCCUGUCCAGGUGCUCCCUGUGCCUGUCCCAGUCCCUGCUCCUGCUCUGAUGGAUCUGUCCCUGUUCCCCACUCCUGCCUCAGCCACCAGAACUGCAGGAGCACCAAAACCCCUCCAACAACAUUUCUAGUGUUAAAUAGCCAAGGCAUUAUGAUACUUCUGACUGGGAUGUGCAGCAGGAAUAAUUUCAUGCACACACAGCCUGGCUGUGCAGGGGAAAUAAUUCUGUGACACAUGAGUUUUAUCAGAUUUUUCACAUAUUUUGUACAGUCAGAACCCCAUAGAAAUUCACUGGUUGAAUGUUCACUGGUUCCAGGUUACGUAGCUCUUAGUAUUACAUUUCCUGUUGGUUACAGAUCUCUUUGCCUCUGGUGUUAAACAGAUCCUCAUUCUUUCCCAGGCCAUGCUGUAGUUGUUUGCUGUAACCUUUUGUUAUCUCCGUAAUUCCCAAUCUGCUGAGGCAUUGAACUCAUCAGGCCUCACCUGCUGGAACAAUGGCUUGGAAAGAAACCUCAGCUGCUCUGUGUUCCUCUUCCCUUAACUCAGUUCCCCUCCAGAAUAUCUCCAGCUGCAAGAGACGAGCCAGGAGUUCUGCUGGAUGUGGGGAAAAGCCUGGGCUGAGGUCCUCCUGCCCUGUGCUCACAGUUAAAUAUUAACAAUAUUAUAUAACAAUAUAAAUAUUGGUGCAUAGUGGUGGUUAUGGGGCUUUCUGUCCUCCACCACCACCUCCUGAAAACAGAAGUACUGUAAAGAAGCUUCUGGGUUUCCCCUGAGAUGUUUCUUCAGCAACGCUGACGCUGUUACUAUGUUUUGUUGUUUCGUUUUUUGUUUAAAUAUACAUCCAAAAGGUGGUUUUUGUUUUAAAUAUAUGUUCCCCCAAGUGAGUUGUUGCUGGAUAGAAUGGGUGAGAGACACAGAGAAUGACUGAGAGCAAGCUGUGAAUUGAAGGAGAGUGAGUGUGAGAGCCCCACAGGUCUGUGCCAGAGCCACCCUGAGCCAGGAGCUGAGCUUGAGCUCUGCAUUUCACUGCUGGGAGCGAGCUCAGGCCCUGGUGCUGUGGGAUGAACCUGAGCAGGUGCCCUGUGUAAAGCAUCUGCUGUUACCUCUGCUCACUGGUUCUCCUUCCUUCUCUUCAUUUUUACUUGAAAAGCUGUUUCAGAGUAAUUGAGUGAGUUCUGUCAGUGCCACGUGCAGGUCCCAGGGAGCUGAUGCUGGAGGAGCAUUUUCCUGUCCCUUCACACCCAGAGAAAGGGAAGGUGCACUGAGGUGUGCACUCGACUCCAGCCCUGCUCAGUUUAGCUCAGGCUGAAUUUCCAGCUGGCAUUUCGGCAGCUUUUCUGUCCUUCAGGCACUUUACCCCAAGAGCAGGAUAACUGUCCCCCAGAGCUCAUCAUCCUGCCAGACACAUCCAGGGCUGAAACGGUUUUAAAUCUCUUCUGGGGGUGGAGGCAGCUCAUUUGUAUCUUUGCAUGUGACUCAUAAAGUAACGGGACUUCUGGUUAUGGUCAGAAAACUCAAUUUCAAUGCCUGUUACUCUAACACUUCUCUCAUUUCCAGCCUGUGCUCCUCCUAAUCCUGCACUACCACAGCCUCAGUGUGAUGAGCUGGAAGUGGAAAUUUCAUUUCCACAGCCUCUGAAGCUUACUGUUUUAAUGAAUAGGGAAGAAUCAUGCUAAUUAUUUGCCACACAAUCAGUGAUCUUAAUGAAGUAAGACUUACACAGUCUUAUACACAAUGGAGUGUUUUGAAAUCAGAUUUCUGAAAAGAACCACUGGUUUUAUGUCUUUUGUAAUGCUGGAGGAAAAGGUGUUCACUGCCCUGUGUCCUCAGGCGUGGAGCGCUGUCACCUCCCUGUGACAAUCCGGGAUUGCUGCUGGGAGAGGGACUGGCUCUUGGUUCUCACCCACUGCAUGCACUAAAGCCUCUGUUCAAAGUGAUUAAUCAGAGUUUCUGUGUGAGUGAAACGAGCACUUGGCUCUGUGCUCGCUGCCGUGACGUUGGGCCGGUGCUGGGGGGAAUUUUCUCCCCAGCAGGACUUUGGGGCUGUCCCCGUGUCCCCUCUCCUGUGGUGGCUCUGAGCCCUGGUGACACGGUCUCAUCGUGUACUCAGUGCCACAGCAGCAAAACCAGGCCAGAUCUGCUUAAUUGCUGAACUCAAUCACUCCAAAGUGCUAAUUGCUUACUUUAACUCAGCUUCCACCAAAGACUCUUGUGCCGGGCAGUUGGAUUUUUGUGGGUUUUUGUUUCUUUCCUCGUGGUGUUAAAUCAAUGCCUUCAAGCACACUGACAGACCCCAAAGCAUUUCUACAGUAAUAUCAUGGCAGUGAAACCCUGCUCCAGUUCUGAAACACAUUCCUGAAAUCUGAUCAGCUGCAAUAGAGUUUCUAGAAAUGUCCCAGGGCCUGUAGUUUCUGUGGUGGGUGGGUAAAUACCCUCACCCACACCUGGAAAUCCUCCCUGUGGAGUUAGAGGGGUAAUGCUGAUCCUGAUCCACAGGGAUGGGGUGGGAGGGAGGGCAGGGGUCUCGCUCUGGGCUGGGAUGCAGCAGGUGGAGCAUCCCACACACGGAGUGUGGUGCUGGGAGAAACUCCAGUGUGUCCAUCAGGAGCUGGGAAUGGCUGUGGUCCUCAGGGUGACAACAGUGACACACGGUGACAACAGUCACACACGGUAACACACGGUGACACACAACAGUGACACAACAGUGACACACAACAGUGACACAAACAGUGACACAAACAGUGACACACAACAGUGACACACGGUGACAACAGUCACACACGGUAACACAACAGUGACACACAACAGUGACACACAACAGUGACACACAACAGUGACACAAACAGUGACACACAACAGUGACACACAAACAGUGACACACAACAGUGACACAACAGUGACACACAACAGUCACACACGGUAACACACAACAGUGACACACAACAGUGACACAAACAUGACACACAAACAGUGACACACAACAGUGACACACGGUAACACACAACAGUGACACACAAACAUGACACACUGGCCGUGUUCCCCCAGUCCCCUCUGUCCCCCCUGCCUGGAAGAUCCCUGGGCUCAAGUUUUGCACUCCGCUUGGGAUUGUCUGUUCCUGGUAAUCAUGAAGAAAUGUUCCACUUGUAAACUUAUGUACAUUUUAUUAAAACUGUAUCUGAUGACAA